AUGUCUUCACAGGAUAUCGAGGCCAAGGAGGCGCACCCAAACGGCGUCCCUGAGCCAGAGACUCAACCUGCUCCUGCAAAGCCUGACCCAGCCAGCGAGAUUCCCAACGGCGGACUCAAGGCCUGGUUGCAGGUUCUGGGCUCGUUUCUUCUCUUCCUCAACACCUGGGGUGUGGUCAACACAUUUGGCGUUUAUCAGCAUUACUACAAGUCUACCCUGUUGAGAGAUGUGUCUGACUCGGACAUCUCAUGGGUUGGUUCACUCCAGGCGUGUCUCCUCCUCAUAAUCGGUGUCGCCACGGGGCCGUUGUUCGACAUUGGCUACUUCUAUGUUCUCCUGACAGCCGGUUCAUUCCUUGUCUGCUUUGGCAUGUUCAUGACCAGCCUGUGUACGGAGUACUGGCAGGUGAUGCUUGCUCAGGGUGUCUGCGUCGGUUUGGGCAGCGGGUGCCUCUUCGUUCCCAGCGUGGCCAUCGUGUCCACCUACUUUACAACGAAGAAGUCCUUCGCCACGGGCAUUGCGGCGUCUGGAAGCAGUCUGGGCGGCAUUAUCUACCCUAUCAUCUUCGUCCGCCUCGAGCCUCAAAUCGGCUUUGGAUGGGCGACCCGGGUCAUCGCCUUCCUCAUGCUGGGAAUGCUUCUCAUCUGCAUGGCCGUCAUGCGCGUGCGCGUUCUCCCUCCGCAGAAGCGUCGUCUAUUUGAACUCCAGGCCUUCCGCGAGAUUCCCUUUACCAUGUUCAGCGUCGGGGAGUUCUUCGGCUUCAUGGGCCUCUACAUCCCCUUCUUCUACAUCGAGACAUACGCCACAAACAAGACGCCAAUGUCCGCAUCCUUGGCUUUCUACAUGCUCCCUAUCAUGAAUGCCGGCUCUGCGUUUGGUCGAAUUAUCCCCAACUUCCUGGCUGACAAGACUGGGCCUCUGAACAUGCUACUCCCUUGCUCCUUCAUCUCCGCGCUGCUAGCCUACUGCUGGAUUGCGAUCGACAGCACCGCGGGCAUUAUCGUCUUCUGUGUCCUAUACGGUUUCUUUUCUGGCACCUUCGUUUCCCUGCCCCCGACCACUGUUGUCAGUCUGUCGCCCAGUCUCAGCGUCGUCGGAACACGAAUGGGCAUGAACUUCUGCUUUGCUGGUCUCGGUCUACUGGUGGGAACACCCGUUGCUGGUGCAAUCCUGCACUCUGGCAGCUGGCUUGGAGUGCAGCUGUUCUGCGCGUCAUCUGUUGUGGUGGCUGGGGUUGCCAUUGUUGUCGCCAGGAUAUCAAAGAACUCUGCCAUUCUCGUAAAGGCUUAG